AUGAAAGCAAACUUUGCUCAACACCUGUCUAUAUAUAUUGCAGGUUUCAGUGGCUGCCCAGCUGAUCCGUUCGCUCUGUUGUCUGGGAAUAAAGAAGUGUCACAGAUCAUGGCUCCCUGGCCUGAGGUAGAAAAGCCUGAAACCAAUAACUAUAUUGGAGACUCUUCCAAACAAAAUCAGAACAUGUCUGGGAAAGAAGGAGAAAAUCACAAAGGCAACGUGGCUUCACUUGGAAAUAAAGGGGAAAUUCAACCUGCAUUUUCCACAAUAGCCUUGAUAGAUGAGACAAGGCCGGAAGAAGAUGACCCAUGGGCUCUGCCAGAACUGCAGGACACUGGGGUCAAGUGGUCAGAACUGGAUAGAAAAGGAAAAAUCAUUCGUGUACUCUAUGGGAUAGGGAAGUUUAUUAUGCUACUUGGAUUACUCUACUUGUUCGUGUGUUCUCUGGAUGUACUGAGCUCUGCAUUUCAACUGGUAGGAGGUAAAGCAGCGGGGGACAUUUUUCAAGAUGAUUCAGUGCUGUCUAAUCCUGUUGCGGGAUUAGUGAUUGGAGUUCUGGUGACUGUUAUGGUCCAGAGCUCCAGCACUUCUUCAUCCAUUGUGGUCAGCAUGGUGUCCUCCACAUUGCUGACUGUUCGAUCAGCUAUUCCUAUCAUAAUGGGGGCAAAUAUUGGCACCUCAGUUACAAAUACUAUUGUGGCACUCAUGCAAGCCGGGGACAGGAAUGAAUUUAGAAGGGCCUUUGCUGGGGCAACAAUCCAUGAUUUCUUUAACUGGCUUGCUGUGUUUGCGCUGUUGCCCAUUGAAGUUGUUUCUGGCUAUCUUUACCAUCUCACCAGUGCUAUAGUUGAGUCCUUUCAUCUUGAAAGUGGUGAGGAUGCCCCUGAGCUACUAAAAGUUAUCACAGACCCUUUUACAAAGCUCAUCAUUGAGCUUGAUAAAUCAGUAAUAAAUGCAAUUGCUACAAAUGAUGAAUCAGCAAAAAACAAAAGCCUGGUAAAGGUUUGGUGUGUAACUGAAACCAAUGUGACACUGCAGAACAUCACAAUUCCACCUUCAGAAAACUGCACAUUUCCUAACCUUUGCUGGACUGAAGGAAAUGAGACGUGGACCAUGAAGAAUGUAACUGAAACAGAAUAUAUCAGUAAAUGCCGGCAUCUCUUUGCAGAGGCAAACCUGCCUGAUCUUGCCAUCGGUCUCAUCCUUCUGGGUUUGUCCCUGCUUGUUCUCUGCUCCUGUUUGGUGAUGAUCGUUAAGCUAUUAAACUCUGUGCUUAAAGGACAAGUGGCGAGCGUUAUCAAGAAGACAAUCAACACUGACUUCCCAUUUCCUUUUACUUGGCUAGCUGGAUACCUGGCUAUGCUUGCAGGGGCUGGUAUGACUUUCGUUGUCCAAAGUAGUUCUGUUUUCACAUCUGCUAUUACACCCCUUGUCGGCAUUGGUGUUAUAAGCAUUGAGCGCUCUUAUCCCCUUACCUUAGGAGCUAACAUUGGCACAACCACAACAGCUAUACUUGCAGCUUUAGCAAGUCCAGGGAGUACAUUAAAAUAUUCAUUACAGAUUGCCUUGUGCCACUUUUUCUUCAAUAUCUCUGGGAUUAUUCUGUUUUACCCGCUACCUUUUACCCGGCUGCCAAUCCGCAUGUGCAAGACUUUGGGAAACAUAACAGCCAAGUACAGAUGGUUUGCUAUAUUUUAUCUUCUCGUCUGCUUCUUUCUUUUGCCUUUGUUUGUAUUUGGUCUGUCACUGGCAGGUUGGCCAGUCCUUUUGGGUGUUUGCCUUCCCCUGUUUGCUCUUUUUAUUGCUGUGAUUGUAAUUAAUGUUAUGCAGUCGAAGCGACCACAUUCACUGCCUGAGAAGCUUCAAAAUUGGGAUUUCCUACCCAUCUGGCUGCACUCCCUAGAGCCCUGGGACAAUAUAAUUAUGUCUUCGCUCUCCUUCUGUGGGAAACACUGCUGCGGCUUCUGCAAGUGCUGCAAAGUCAGUGCAGAACAGGAGGGUGCCAAAGACAAGCAACUAAAAACUAUGGAGGUUUAUGAAAACACCAUUGUGAUGGCUGAUGAAGAAAGAGGUGGAAGAAGGGCACCAGCUGCAGCUUGUGUUGAAAAAACAGGCACAAACAACACAGCCUUAUAGUAGGGGAUCAAUCCAUAUUAGCAGAGAUACAGCAUAGGACAGUCAGGCUUUUGAAAACCACCUUGGACAAUGCACUGAGGACAGAGUGAACAUUUUGUUAGGUUCCUGCAGCCAGUGGUAUAUCACUCAUCAAGGAAUGGAGUCAAACAAGCUUGACA